AUGCAUAAUUCUUUGAUGCCGUUCGCAGACUUUAACGGCAGGCAACCGCACCGCACGUUUGCAUACUUGACACGAACAAGCGUAUUUACACCUAAACGGUCAUAUCCGGUGACACCAGCUGCUAUUUCAGAAGGUGUAGAAGUUCUGCGUUCCCUCCUUGAAUUCAACGCGGAAUUCCCUGAAAUUUUCCGGGACCAGUGCGAAAACGAUGCAUUUGAAUUAUGUGGCUCACUUCUUUUCAAAGCAGCAUGGCGAGCCUCGCAAAGUACCCUACGGCACCUAGGGGCUAGGCCCCCUUUGGAUCAACUGACAAGCACAGCUCUGGCAAUAUUCGAACAGACUACGUGCUCGCUCGAGCUUCCUAUAUCUGCGGAGAAUGAUGCUCUCGAGCUGGCCCUUUCUGGACAUCGCUUGCGCUGGGAGACCAUUGGCAUGUGUUUCGUACGCAUUGGGUUAGUCAGCGCAACUGUGAGGACCAACGGUCAAGUCUUCCAUGGCGAUGGACAAUCAAAUUUUGACCGCCAAAAGACUAUGCUUAGGGCAUAUGACGCUUCUAUGCAAACUAGGGCAUUCUGCGAUCAAAUAGAGCAGACGAACGACUUGACGUUGUGGCUAUUGACAUCUGUAUCCACCCUUGCCACUUGGUGCUUUGGGGACGAUUCUUCUCGUGCUUGGCGCUUAAUGGGCGACUUAUCAUCAGCUAUAGCAGCUCUUGGCUUCCAUAAAGGGUUCAAAGGCGAAGAAUCAGGACCCCCAUAUUUGGUAGAGCUUCGCAAAAGAGUCAUAGCUCUUGCUCAUGAGCAUGACAAGGAGCUAGCAACCUUCGUUGGUCGGCCGCCCCGUCUUAGUCGAAAGUAUUACGCAGUGGAUCUACCACUUGACUUGCCAGAUUCAGUUAUAACUGGACCUGUCGAGCAAUUUGAAGCUGCUAGGUCCAAACUUGACGAGAACGGCUGGAGUGGAGACGUUAUGGUUAAUCCAGUUUCCCGUCUUCGAGCGAUUCUUCUACUAAGCAUGAUCCGUGAAGAGGUCUUGGAGCUAUCACUUGGUCCACCAAUGCCGAAUAUCGCCCAACAAGCUAGCUCGUUCCGUAUAGCCGAAACCAAAGAUUUAGAUGUUGACCCUUUCACUAGACAAAUCUUAUCGAAAUUGACUUCUACUUGGGAAUCAAUCCCUCACAAAGAAUACGAACAGUCAAUGUGUGACACUAUGCUACCGAGUGCUAUCUGGGUGGUUAUAGGUCCUCGGCUUGAAUGCCUUUAUAGCAAGUUCCUUCUCUAUAAGCUGCUCAUUAGUCAAAACCAGGGCAAUCGCGAUAAGAUGAUCCGGACGUCGCAAGAAAUCCUCCAUUUGGCGCUGUCGCUUUUGAAAAAGAACGACGUGAUAGCUACGCCAAAUCUGGAGGGAAUGAUGGUGUUUUACGCAUUACCAUGCGCGAGCGUUCUUAUCUUAGAGCUAUUUCGACAGAAUCGCCAGCCCCAUCGGUCUGCGACGCUCAAUCGAUCGACUUUAAUUCAGGACAUAAGCGUGCUCAUCUCGUGCUGUGACUCGCUAGCCAUAUCUGGACAGAGCAACUAUCAGAUCUGCAAGCAAGCUCAGACGGUUUUCUCGCGAUGCCUAGACCAAAUUUUGAAUCCAACUGCGGUAUCUUCUCAAGGCCUUACGAGCGAGCCUGGAGGGCCAGCAGUACAAGAACCGUUCUCUUUAGGUUCGAUGGACUUCGGUUUGACAGAGCUAUAUCCCCAAGACCCAGAAUGGUCCACGUGGCUCGAGUCUUUCGACUUAUACGAAACAUGA